UUUGCCCAAAAUGUGUUGGGCUCAUGUUCAUACAUGAGUUUAGGUUGGGAUAGAGCAAUAAACAGCUUCCGAUGGCGCCGCUUCUCCGCCUGCAAUUCUAUAUUGACAGCUAUAUUUUCAUUUCUUCUUGAUCUCCACUCUCCGCCUGCAAUAACCAGAAAGAAGGCUGAGGCUGAGGCGUCCCUGUACUCUCUUGAUCUCUCCACUCUCUUCACCAAGGAAACUCUCUCUCUUCACAUCAAUUUACUUACGAAUUUCAAGAAAAUAAGCUCUCAAGCCUCUCAAAACAGAGCUAAAUCUUCAAUGCCUCAUCGUACGGGUAGUAAACCUCAUAGGCAGAUUAUUUAUGAAAUGGGAGGAAAAGAAGGUAAUCCACCUGAUAUGGGAAUACUCUUUUUUGAAACUCGAAAAAAGGAUGGAAAGUUGGUUGAGCCUGAAACUGAAGAAAAACAUCUUCAAAUUGUAAAGACUAUUCAAGCUGAGCCAACACUUUCUACUAUUGAGGUAAUUGAAAAAUGUUUUGGAGCACAACAUCACAGCAAUGUGUUUGGCUAUGGGGGUGGAAUUAAACGGAAAAACUUCAAAGAUCCUAGACAAAAGAAGAUGGAUGAACUUCAAGCCAAACUUCAUAACAAGGAUGAAGAAAAUCGCAUCCUCAAGAGACACAUCGCAAAGAUUGAAGAGAGAUUGCUAAGGAUUGAACAUUUUAUGCAACAAAACCCAAAUGUGUCCACUGAAUUUCCCUCAUCAGAACUUGAUCAGGAACUUCAUAAGAAUGAUGUUUAAAAGCUAGACAACAUGAAAGCAUUUUGGCAACUUUUUUGUUGGAUAGGAGAGUAAAAUCUUUAUCUUUAGAAGGAUGUUUACUACUAACAAUAAAAGGUUUAGAAAUUCUGUGUAACCUUCGGCACCUGCAUGUGAUUCUUCCUUGUAACAACUUUGAGUAAAAUUCUGUGUAACAAAUUCAAAAUUUGAGUAAAAUUUGCUUGUAACAACUUUUUAAUUUCGGUUAUAAAGAGAGAUUAUUAUAAUAAGAAAUUUAUAAUUUUCCUUCUUAUU